AUGCUGUCAGAGGACGGUUUUGGAGAUAUGCUGGUCAUUGUGGACGAAUGGGUUGACGCCGGGAGAAAGGAAUACUUCUUUCAAUUUGUAUCGCAGAAGUACGCAUCUGUGGCAGGUGCAAAUCCCACUGGAACAUGUAUGUUCCUCGCACUCCAGCAAGCGCUGAUAUUGGUCGGUGAUGUCGAAGGUGUAAAACAUGCACAUAUUCAAAAGUUCCUCGAGCGCUCUGAGGAGCUUCACCAGGACCUGUCCCGUGGGUUACCUUGGCGAAUUUUUCGGGCGUUUAUUUCUCAAGUACAUUUAAAUUGUUUUAGACUAUCCUUGGUGGAUAUUGAUGAUAACAAGCACCGAACGGGGCAUCGUGAUAUUGCGGCCUUAGAGAGACUAAACCUGGAGGACGGCUUCUACUUCAUUGCUGAGAGUAACACCAUGGCUGUUGGACACGUAUUUGUCCUUCAAGUUGCGGCGGCUAGGAUGACGGUCUAUGACGACAACAUUAAGCGUUCACUCAGGUCCUACGGCAAAUGGAUUGAUAGAUUGAUGUUUGUCCGUAAGGUAGUCCUUGAGAAGUAA